UGUCCCCGGUGACGUCAGCUGACUGUUUUGGCUGUACGAGGCGCUCCGGACACACAGCGCGCUGCUGCUGCUGCUGCUGUAAAAAUGCUGCUCUCGGUGCCGCCAAGGACAGGAAUCAACCCGUAUAACGGCUACACCAGCAGAACCAGUAAAAAGCAGGCGUAUGCAUCCUCCACCCAACAGAUGGCGCCGCCCAGUCCCAACACCACCACCACCAGCAGCAGUAAUGGAAGCAGCAGCGGUGGAGACCAGCUGAGCAAAACCAACCUGUACAUCCGUGGACUCCAUCCCGGAACCACAGACCAGGAUCUGGUCAAACUCUGUCAACCCUAUGGAAAAAUAGUGUCAACUAAGGCCAUACUUGACAAGACCACCAACAAGUGUAAAGGCUAUGGCUUUGUGGAUUUCGACAGCCCGGCCUCUGCACAGAAAGCAGUAACAGCGCUAAAGGCCAGUGGAGUUCAGGCUCAGAUGGCAAAGCAACAGGAACAGGACCCCACCAAUCUGUACAUCUCCAAUCUGCCUCUGUCUAUGGACGAGCAGGAGUUAGAGAGCAUGCUCAAGCCCUUCAGCCAGGUCAUCUCCACACGCAUCUUAAGGGACGCAAGCGGCACCAGCCGUGGAGUGGGUUUCGCCAGGAUGGAAUCGACUGAAAAAUGUGAAGCCAUCAUUCAACAUUUUAAUGGCAAAUACAUCAAGACUCCUCCUGGAGUAGCAGUGCCUGCAGAACCAUUGUUGUGUAAAUUUGCUGACGGAGGACAGAAGAAACGCCAGAAUCAGGGGAAAUAUCACCAGAAUGGACGGCAGUGGUCGAGAGAGGGUGAAAAUGGCGGGAUGACGUUAACAUAUGACCCUACUCCUGCUUUACAGAAUGGGUUUUACUCUCCUUCCUACAGCAUCGCUCCGAACAGAAUUAUUGCUCAGACUUCUAUUUCUCCCUACAUGCACUCGCCUGUAUCCACAUACCAGGUACACAAUCCCUCCUGGAUACAUCACCAGUCUUACCUCAUGCAGCCUACAGGUACCGUCCUCACGCCCUCGGUCGACCACACCAUGACCAUCCAGCCCACUGCCAUAAUAGGGCCUCUCACACAGCAGCUUAGCCAUCUGACCCUGGGCACUACAGGCACGUAUAUGCCUGCAAACACAGCUAUGCAAGGGACCUACAUACCACAAUAUGCCCAAGUGCCUCCUUCAAGCAUUACAGCCGAGGAAAACAGCGUGCAGCAGCAGCAGGUUGGCAUAGAGACGCCCACAGACCACACAACAUACUCCUACCAGCAUGGCAAAUGAAGAGGAGUACAUUCAUAGGAAUGAUGGAGGACUUGGAUUUUGAACCUGAAAUAAAAAGAAAUGGACAUUGGAAAAGGAACUGGGAAGCACGCCUCUUUCCAAUUUGAAGAAAGCAGACUUUUUUUUCUUGGAGAAGACCAACCGAUAAUGAAGCUAAAGCUAUUUCAGUAAGCGAAAGACUUGGAUGGAGAAAGCUAUGACUUUAAGAUGUUCACAAAAAGCAAAGUAAGCUUUUUUUUUAACACAAAGACUCACAUACAUGCGCGCGCAUACACACACACACACACAAACACACACCAACCCACCUUGAGAAAUAUUUUUCUGCAACUUUAUUUUCUAAAACAUUCUGCGAAGCCAGAAUGAAUCAACUACGAUGUUACAGCACCAUGUGUCAUUUUAAUUUGAAUUAUUGUUUUUUGUAAAAUUCUUUCAAGAUUUUGUUGACUGCUUUUGAACUGUCUGCUGCAAACGGAGGAAUUUUGUACAUAAAACUGUUUUUUGCAAAGAUCUUGCUGCAUUUUUCUUGAAUAUCAAUUUAAGGAAAUCCGGAGGAACCUGCUUAAACCUGAAGUUAAGUCGUUUUGAUAGACAAAUGUGCUGUAAUGAAGAGUGUUGUAAAUGCCCUCAUUGUUUCAAGCAAGCUUGUCCAGCGAGAAGAGACUGAAUUCUGAAACCAAGACCUCAUAUUCCUUCACAACAACUACAAAACAUAAUUUUUCUUCCAAAAUGCUGCUUUUACUUGUAAGUUAGGUUAUGCUCUGUUUAAAUGUUGAGAUUUAUUUUUGUAUUUGAAGAUCAUUUUUAAAAAAAAGUAAAUUUCAAAGAGAAGCUAUUUGGAUGAUAAACUUUUUAUGGCUUUGUUUUCAUGUCAAUUGUUCUGUCCUGCUUCUUCAUACACCUUGGUUGUCUUUUCUGUCAUGCACUGUAAGGAGUUAUCCACCAAUGUUGUAAUGUAGGCCUGUAAAUGACUUUUUCUUGCCUUGGUGAACUUUAAUAGCGAGGAGUGUGUUCUUUGGGCUGUGUCCCCUGAGAUAUAAAAAUGGCAAUAUAAUGAAA